UACUGGUGCCUGUAAGUUUGAGAACAAGAGCAUCUUCUUCCCAUUGGCAAACCGAUGAGUUCUACUAAAAGGAUGAGAAAUGAACAGGUGAAAUGUAAAGACAGCAGCGAAAGGUGUGAUUUUUCGAUCAGAACUUUGAGGAAACUUUAAAAGACUCCUGUCAGAAUGCAGUCAAUCACGCGACAAGUGGAUCAUACUUCAGGAAAUCGCUGCAAGAAGAUGAAGGUGGAAGAUUUGAAGAAUGAGAGUCUGCAGGAUGUUUUGCACUGUGACAGUGACACACGGAGAACUUUAUUUGACGCACAGGAUCAGCGAAACAGCGCGAAGGAAAGAAAACCUGCAGAAGCUGAAGCUGUGAGGAAAGUUCGCGUUGAUCUUCAAGGGUCAGACUUGUGGAAGAGAUUUCACGAAAUCGGCACAGAGAUGAUCAUCACCAAAGUUGGCAGGAGAAUGUUCCCUUCCAUUCGUAUCAAGGUGCACAAUCUGGACCCUUUACAGCAAUACUCCAUUGCCAUGGACAUCAUGCCUAUGGACUCAAAGAAAUACAGGUAUGUUUACCACAGCUCUCAGUGGGUGAUUGCUGGAAACACAGAUCACUCCUGUAUCCCCCCUCAUCUGUAUGUCCACCCGGACUCACCGUGUUCAGGAGAGAACUGGAUGAGGCAGGUGAUCAGCUUCGAUCGCGUCAAGCUUACCAACAAUGAGAUGGAUGACAGAGGCCACAUAAUCCUGAAGUCCAUGCACAAGUACAGGCCACGGAUUCAUGUUAUUCUGCAUUAUCCUCCUGAAUGCCUGUCGAAGAGACUUCUGUCACUCCCUGCGGAUGGUGUGUUCACCUUCUCCUUCCCUGAAACUCAGUUUACCACUGUCACAGCGUACCAAAACCAGCAGAUAACAAAACUGAAGAUCGACAGGAAUCCAUUUGCCAAAGGCUUCAGGGAACGAAACGGGGCUGUGUUGGAUGGGAUUCUAGAGUCGUACUCAUGGCACAGUCCCUUCAAUGGUUUCAAAUCUUUAGCAAUGGAGCUACAAGGUAGAUGUUUCGGAUCUUCAGCGAGCGGUAUUGCCUCAUCAGUGUCCUCAGCUCAAGCAGUCCAUCCCACUGCCUUCUCAAGCCCUCAGUGCUGCAAGAUACUGCCUUCAAGCUGUUUUCUCGCAUACAGAGCCUACUGUGGCAUUUGCCUCAAUAAUUACACUGGGUUGCGACCUAUGUUAGACCUUCCCUUGCUGACUUCUCUCCCGGUUAAGAAAGGAGACCGAUGUAGGAGCCACUGGCUCUAUAAUUCGGCAGGUACUUCCAUGCAUCCUAUUCACAAUGUUUCAUCUGGAUGGGCCUCUGAAAAUGACAGUACUGCAUCAGCCUUCAUGUCACCAUAUAGCUACAGCUUCCCCAUCAGCCACAGAUUCUACACUGCUACUCAUCAUUUAAAACUGGCUCAUGGUGAAAGCCCUGUUCUUCAGAUGCCAAUGAUUUCCUCAAUCGAGUACAGUCCCUUACAGCAGUCCUGCCAAAACACCAUGAGCAUACCUUCAAUUACUGACAAUUGCUCAGCCACUAAAAUGUGAAUAUCUCAGUAAUGAUGUUUGUAUAAACUGUUUGGAAACGCAAAGGUUUAUCAGUCCUUUUUGAAUCUAUAAUUAUUACAUUCACAGACUUAAUCAGAUGACUCUACUGUAUUUAUUAUCAAUGAGAUCCUGAUAUGCUUUAAGGCUUUUUAACAAGUUGUUUACAUUUACAAUUUUAAAAUUAUGCUCCAUUUUGUUCUGUGAGCCAUUUGACACAUUAAAUCUGCCUUAAAUUCUGCAAUCAUUAAACGAUU